GGCGAGAUUAAGUGCUGUCUCAUCAGGGCGUGGAGCAAGUGCAAUGACAACAUCGCGAACAGGUGCAAUGACAAGCAUCUCUUCAACUAUCGCAGGUGUUUCGCGAACAACAAGAACCUCAUCUCCUCGUUCGGCUUCCACCACGACCGCAGCAGGUGUUUCUCCUGUUGAGCGGUCGUUGAGCGGUCUGCGAGCGCGUGCUGGUGGUUCAACAGCUUCGAUGGCCCUGCCGACUCGACGACGAGGCCAAGCGACGCCAAGAACACGGUUUCCGACGUUGACGAAUCAAGCAGGAGGAGGUGCGGAUAGACCACGAACUUCCGCAGGACUAGGACCGGCACCUUCAGAAGUGUCCUCGCGCGCGAUUUCGUGGAUCGAUCUACGACGACAAAUGCGGCGCGAGCGGGAGCAGUCGUCCACUACUACACCUGAGUCGUCGCCAGAGGCAGCUGCCUCUGGUGUGUCCCAGAGAGGAGCCAACGUGGAGGAGGAAAGAGGUGCCGGAGCACAAUCUCCAUUAGUGUUGCGAAGUCCGGAGGAAUUGGAGCAAUUGUUGAACGGAAUCCCCUCGCUGCAUUUAAGCGCGAUGACGAGCGAGCAACUGCGCGCGCAGACCCGAUCCAUUUUGAGUGAGUUGGCCAGCAUUCGACUACGAUCUUCGAGCUUGGCACGCCGCGACAGGCGCUCCGCCGCACUUGCUGCCGCAGGCGGAGGAGCAAACACCAGCGCGGCUGUUGAAGCCCCUCGUCUCCAAGGGAUGAAUGCAACUCCUGUAGCAUCUUCAAGCAGCGCAAGCCCAGUUAGCGACGCCGUGGAUGAUGAAGCUUCUCCGAACGCUGAUGAAGCUUCUCCGAACGCUGAUGAAGCUUCUCCGAACGCUACUGAAGCUUCUCCGAACGCUGAUGAAGCUUCUCCGAACGCUGAUGAAGCUUCUCUACCUCUAGAAAUUUCCCCGACAACGGAGGAGGGGGAUACAAGUGA